GAGAGGAAACUGCCCUGUGAAAAUGAGUGUGGCAGACAGAUAGAUUUUGACAGCAGGAAUGAGCAUUGAGUUGUGAGGUGCUGCUUCCUGCAAGCAAGGCAGUAGCUUGGCUAGGGAUGAGGACACACCACCGGGCAGCUGCGUGUGCAAGGGCGCCAGGAGGGGAGGUGCUCAGUCAGAUGCCUGUCAAUCAGCCUCGCUGCCCCAGCCUCCUCCGUGCAUCACCGCUGCCUCUCUCCUGGGCCGAGGCCACGCGGCCUGUGCUCCGCGGCGAGCUCAGCCGAGCCCCGCCCCGGCCCCCUACGUGGGGGCGGCUCUGGUUGGCUCUGAGCCGCUGCGCACGCCCCGGCGGCCCCGGCGCCCCUUCGCCAUGUGGCUGCUGCGCGCCCCAGCCCGGCUGCGCCGCCCGCUCGCUGCCUCCUGUGGGCUGCGCGGGGGCCCUUCCCGGGCGCAGGAGCAGGGAGGUGCUCACAUCACCAUUGUGCUGGCAAUAUGCUGUUCUGCUUAAUAAAUUCAGCUAUUCCUCUGAACUGGAGAACAACUUGCAUUUGAAGGGGUAUCAUCUCUUUCAGGAAACCUUACCCUAUCUCCCAGAAUCAUUAAAAUGUUACAUUAGUAGGACUCCUGGAAGAUUCCCUGCACAAAAACACCAGAUCGGUAAACUCAAGAAGUAUUAUCUGCUGAAUGCUGCUUCACUUCUGUCGGUGCUGGCAUUGGAAAUAAAGGAUGGGGAAAGGGUUUUGGAUAUGUGUGCUGCUCCAGGCGGUAAAUCAAUAGCUAUGCUGCAGUGUGCUUGGCCAGGUCAUCUUCACUGUAAUGAGUAUGAUGGUCUGAGAUCAAAGUGGCUGAAGCAGACACUAGAAUCCUUCAUCCCAGAGCCCCUGAUGAAUUUAAUUACUCUCUCUGAACUUGAUGGGAGACAGAUUGGAGACCUCCAUCCUGAAUUGUACGACAAGGUACUGCUGGAUGCUCCGUGUUCAAAUGACAGAAGUUGGUUAUUCUCUUCUGAUAUUCAGCAGGCUACACUUAGACUCAUCCAAAGGAAGGAGUUAUCUGCUCUACAGGUACAGCUACUAAGGUCUGCCAUUAAAGCCUUGUGUCCUGGAGGAUCUGUGAUCUAUUCUACGUGCACUCUCUCGAAGGCAGAAAACAGUGAUGUAAUCAGUCACAUCCUAAACUCCUGCAGUAACGUUCUGCCUGUAGAUAUAAGUGAACUGGCCAGUGUUGUUUCUGAUGAGUUCUCUCUGGUUGCUGGUGUCCAGCCACAUGAACUUUUAGUACUUCCAGCGAAGGGGAAAGCAUGGGGGCCUAUGUAUGUAGCUAAAUUAAAGAAAACGUAGUCUGGCUGGCAUUCUUAGCCUUUUGUAAGUCAUAUUGACGGAUUUUUAUUUAUUUUAAUACACUGUAUGCAUAUGCAGUCUGUGCCAAAUAUUUGUCCAAGUAGCCUGGAUUUAGAGUUGUGAACUGGUAUAUCAGAUGCUGUCAAAUGAUCAUUACAUUUGAGAUUUAAUUUGUAAAUAGACAAUAUCUAGUAUGGCCUAAGCCUGCAGUUGGAUCCGUUGGCACAAACCUCUGGCAUCUGGACCCAUGUGGAGCCCAUUAAUGUAUAAGUCUGCAGAGGCAAAUGUUUUCCAGAUUCCGUAAUAUCUUGAAGAGCCCAAAAGCACGUAACCUUCUAGACAGCAACAUGACAGAAAUGCAUCUGCUUUUGGGGUGAAGGGCAGCAGCCAACUCGCACAGACCUUGCUGUACAGGGAGGAAGAGAGGCUCUUCAGUGUCUGCCUGCGGUGGACAGGACCUUCGCCAUGGUCUCAUCUGACUGACCUGCACAAAAUAAACCUGCACAGAACUUAACUACUCUUUCACAAGAGGAUGCAGAGUUGCAUCACCUCUGCUGGGUUUGAAGCGGUCCCGAGGAGCCAGUAUGUCAAACCUGAUACUCUCACAUUCCUGCUAAUGGCACAAAAAGAAACACGAGUUGCUUUGUUAAAAAAAAAUAAUCCUAAAAUACUUUCAUAAUGAAAAUUUGUUGACAGGAAGACAGAUAUACAAUGUAAUGAUUUAGUCUACAGAGACAUUUUGUACAUCAGGGCAGCAGUCAAAGUACAAUGCACACGUUUUAUAUUGUUUUCUAUAAAGGAAACGUCAAUCUUU